AUGAGCGCGGCCGCCGAGGACGCGCAGGAGCUGACCAAGUGGCUGUCCGUCCUUGAGGACCACAUGGACGACGUCAGCGAGCUCACGUCCCUGCCGGCGCUCCAGGGCAUGCUCGAGAGGUUGGAGAGUCAGGCGGGGCGCGUGGUGGCCAACGAGCUGAUGUCCAGGCUCGAGGACCAGGGAGGCGGGGAUAGGGCGCUGCAGCUGGACGAGAUCGGGCGUCACCGCCUGCGAGACCUCUGCCAGGAAUUCCACGCGCGCUGUCGGAAGAUGUCCCCGGGGGAGGACAUGGCGAAGCUGCACUGGCGCGUCCAGGCGCUGGAGACCAACAACUGCCAGGCGGAGGAGGGCGUGGGCGACCCGGCGCGACCUGCAGGAGUCGCGGGGACUCCCGCCGAGGACGACCCGCGCUCCUUGCAGGGACCGCCCGGCCCCGACGGCCAGCGAAAGGCGAGGCUUCGGGUGCCCACUUCGAGGAAGGCGGAGAGCUGGUGGAAUCCGAAGUACUGGUCGAUUGCCAGGCCCACGGACUUCUGCUACGGGGACUGCGCCUGGGGCCUCGGCCAGCUCCCCCCGGACGGAGAUGAGGACCCGCAGAAGCAGAAGGAGGCUCGGCUCUGCUUCAGCGUGGCGCACUUCAUCAAGAAUCUUCUCACGCGGGAGGAGAUGGAGUACGACGUGCCUGCCGACGACGAGAAGUACGUGGCCAGGCCCAUCAGUCGUUUCCGGAGCUCCUGGUACGACGUGCACCUGCUGUGUUCCUUCUGGAGAGUCACGGAGACGACCAACAGCACCUACACUUUCAUGAAGACGCCCGGGGCGUUCGGGGCCGCUCGCGCCUGCGCGGACAUCACGCCGAAGAUGAUCGAGGAGGUGCUGCUCAGGGCGCAGCAGACGGGCGGGAAGGCCACGCUGCACGGCAUCCUCAAGGACAAGGACACCCCGAACGAGGUGCGGAAGGCCUUCGCCACCCUGGGCCAGGCCACUGCCAGUCAAGUCGGGUCCGACGGACACAGGCGGGAGCUGCGUGGAGAGGGCGAGGCGUAUACCCUGCGCUUCGGCCCGCCCGUCCAGUUCGUCACUCCGAAUCUGGCAGACACCAAGCAGCCCCUGAUCCUCAUCGUGCAGGGGGAGGAGUACGCCUUCGACAACGACCUGACCGAGGCGGAGCAAGUCACGUUCAGCGAGAUGUCGCAGCGCAUCGCCGCGGACCCCGUGGGCCAGGCCGUGGUGUUCGAGCUGAUGAUGAGGCUGUUCUUCGUCCACGUCCUCGGCCUGCGCCCGGAGACCGUCGGGUGGCGGCGAGGAGAAGUUCGAAAGGCUUCGGAGCAUUGGGUCUCCGACGGCGUGGCGGCCGACCUCAUGGGCGUGCCCACGGUGUUCGGCCCCCUCGCGGCGGCCUUCGGUCCGGUCGAGGCUCAGGGCCGCGGCUCGCUGCACCCGCACAUCCUCAUCUGGCUGCUGCAGGGUCAGCUGCGCGUGCUCUUGGACAUGCUGCAGCGCGACGAGGCGCGCUUCCAGGAGCGCUUGAACCUGUGGAUGCGGCAGGUGGUGCAGGCCGCGGUCGCCACUCAGCAGAGCGCCGUGGAGCUGCUGCCCCUGCAGCUGCAGGGGGGCGAGAACAAGUGCGGGGUCACGGUGCCGCCGCUGCCGUUCGGGCCCAACGAGAAGCGGUACUUCCGGGCCGACGGGGGCGCGGAGAUGGCGACUGCAGAGCAGCUCGGGGACGGAGGCGAGACGGAGCCGCGGGAGCUGCGGUUCUACGAGCCCAAGGUAGACGACUACCACAGGGCGAUUCCCUGA